GCGAUCACUCCGAGUGGAAAGAUGAACCGCACUCCUUAUAAAGGCCACAGGAGAGACGCUGAGGAGCGGCGACGCUGUUAGUCUGUCGGUCGGUCGGUCGGUCCCGGUUCUGUCGGCACUAAAUCAGUGGAGCUGUAGGUGAACAAAUCUCUGUCCGCGGAGGCUCUUGUGCCAGAAGCCCCGAGCGGAGCUCAUGGUGCAGAGAGCGCGAGCGCUGAGAGAGAAGUGGGCGCGACGAUGAUGAUGAUGAUGAUGAUGAUGAUGAUGAUGAUGAUCUCCUGAUUCCUCCAAAGCUCACAUCUGAGCGCUUUUAAAUUACGCGGGUCCUUCGUUCGGGUCGAAGCUGGAAGCUGGAACUUAGACGGGAGAGGAUCUUCAGGUCCAGGUUCAACAGCAGCAGGCGAGGAUGGACAUGAUGAUGAUGAUCAUAGACGAGCUGCUCCUCGCCGUCGCCCCCCUGCCGUCCCUUCGCAACCUGCUGCUGGCUUCGCUCUGCGCGCUCCUGGGCGCGCACCUGUGGCUCUGGGUGCGGCGAUGCGCGAGCGCGCUCAGCCCGCCGGGCCCGUACCCUUGGCCAGUGAUCGGGAACGCGGCUCAGCUCGGGAGCGCGCCUCACAUCUACUUCACGCGCAUGGCGAAGAAAUACGGCGACAUCUUUCGGAUCAAGCUGGGCAGCCGCGUGGUCGUGGUCCUCGGCGGAGACGCGAUCCGCGCGGCGCUCAUCGACAAGGGGGUCGACUUCGCCGGGAGGCCCGACUUCACUUCCUACCGCCUCGUCGGGGACGGCAGGAGCAUGGCCUUCGGGAACUACAGCAACUGGUGGAAGGUGCACCGCAAGGUGGCCCAGUCCACGGUGAGGGCUUUCUCCACGAGCAACGAGCAGACCAAGAAGAUGUUCGAGAGGCACGUGGUGAGCGAGCUGCGCGAGCUCCUGCACGUCUUCCUGCAGCAGACGGAGGCGAGGGGCUUCUUCGAGCCGCACACCUGCCUCACCGUGUCCAUCGCCAACAUCAUGAGCGCCGUGUGCUUCGGGAAGAGGUACUCCUACGAUGACGAGGAGUUCCGGGCCAUCGUGGGCAGAAACGACCAGUUCACCAAGACCGUGGGCGCCGGCAGCAUAGUGGACGUGAUGCCGUGGCUCCAGCGCUUCCCCAACCCCAUAAAGACCAUGUUUGGAAACUUCAAGAGGCUCAACCUGGAGUUCUACGAGUUUACCAAGAAGAAGGUCGAGGAGCACCGUGCGACCAUAGACUCGAGCAUCACAAGGGACAUCACGGAUGCGGUCAUUCUUGCCGUGGACCGCGGCGCCACCGCCGGCGCCGGGAUCUCGGGGGCUUUUCUGAGCCAGGAGUACGUGCCCCCCACCAUCAACGACAUCUUCGGAGCGAGUCAGGACACGCUGUCCACCGCUUUGCGGUGGAUCGUCCUCAUUCUAGUGAGGUAUCCAGACAUCCAGAGCCGGCUCCGGGAGGAGGUGGACAGAGUGGUGGAUCGGAACAGGCUCCCUACCAUCGAGGACCAGUCCCGUCUCCCGUACGUCAUGGCGUUCAUCUAUGAAGUCAUGCGCUUCACCAGCUUCAUCCCUGUCACCAUCCCACACUCCACCACCAGUGACACCUCCAUAGGGGGCUACAGUAUUCCCAAAGGCACCGUGAUCUUCAUCAACCAGUGGUCCAUAAACCAUGACCCCAGCAAGUGGAAGCAUCCUGAGGUCUUUGACCCUACGAGGUUCCUGGACACGAGCGGGUCUCUGAAUAAGGACCUGACAAGCAGUGUGCUCAUUUUCUCCUUGGGGAGGCGACGCUGCAUUGGGGAGGACCUGUCCAAGAUACAGCUCUUCCUCUACACCGCGCUGCUGGCACACCAGUGUUACUUUUCAGUAGACCCCAAGAACCAGCCCAGCAUGGAGUACGAGUACGGUCUGACGCUGAAGCCCAGGCCUUUCACCGUAGCGGUCAGUCACCGAGACAGCAUGAAGCUGCUCGACUCCUACGUGGAGCAGAUUAAGGGGCAAGAGGACUGAGAAGAACCAGGUCUCAAGUGAAAUACCUGAAAAAGAUUACUAAAAUGAAGGCUGCAGAAAUGCAAUAGAGCUGAUUUCUGAAAAUCAGUACGUGGUUUAGAUUUUUAUAGAGCGAAACUCAGGCAAAAUAGAUUUUUAUAUUUAUAUGUAUUUUCGUAGCAAAACAGAGCAUAACAGAGAUAUUCAUACUUCUCGCUAUAUUUGUCUGUUCUCAUACACAGCGAGAGAAAGGAGAACGUGCAAUAGGAGUACAGACAUCAUUUAGAGAUGGUUUAAACACAAAAAGCAUGUAUAAAGAAACAUAAUUGGUGGUGUGUGUGUGUGUGUGUGUGUUUCUCUACAAGCCUCUACAUGUCACAUUCAAUCAGAUGAAUCAACAACCUUGGGCAAAAAAAGUGCUUUCAAAGUUAAUAUCCUCAUUGCAUGAGCUAAGUUGGGUGUUCAAAUGAUGUACUUUUUUUACCAUGUCAAGAAGAAAUAAGCUGUUACAGAUUUGUCCGACAACGACAAUACUGAGAAAAGUAGCUAUUUAAAUAUAGUUAAUUAAUUGCUACAUGAAUACAACUGAGACAAUGAAACCAAUGGACAGUAAAUAAGGCUCCUUCAUGAGUUGAAAUUUACGUGGGUUUGUUUGUUCCAUGUUGUAUGCUCAACCAACAUGGUAAACUAAAACUUUACCAAUAAUAAUAAUAAUAAACUGGAAGCAUUUUAAUGUUUUUAAAUUAAACACUUUGACUGGCAAGUGAGAAUGUGCGCACAGAAAAAUCUAGAACAUUUACAAUCUUUACGACGUUUAAGGGAAAUGCAAUGGGGAAGAAACGUUUCCCGAAAUUUCUCAGGUAUGUAGAACAUCUCACUCAAUUUCCAGUUUCCAGCUCCAACCUGACAUCAUAACGCAAUUGUCUGUAAUGUUAUACACUGUACAAUAUUAAAUCUGGCUCUCUACAUAAUGCCACUUUAUCUAUCUAAUAUUUAAACAUAUUUGCUUAAAGACUGCUGCCUGAAAUGAACUAUAUGUAUGUCUCAAAAAAAGAGUAAUCACUUUUAGUGUGAAGCCAGUGAUGCCGAUUAGCUGAGUUUUUGGUGAAUAAAAUGCAAUGUAAGAUUUAACUAAGGCCAGUCCAAAUAAAGGCAUGCAUACUUUACAGAUACUUUAUUAAUUGCAACCUGAGAUAAUGAGCUACUAUGUAUUUCUACACUAUAGUUCACUAAUUAUGUUUUACUACUUUGAGAUCUAUUGUAGAUCAGGAUUUUGUGUCUUUCACUGAGAAAGUGUGUUAAAAUGCAUAUGCACUGAGGAAAAGGAAAAAAGAAAAAAA